CUUACCCGAAUGUGAAGAACACAACUAGUAAGGGAAGAAGGAGGGGUGCCUUCAGCAUCUCCUUAUUUGUGCGCUGAAAACAAUCUCGCAUUUCCACUCCAAUUCCUACUGCUGCUCUUCUGUCUCUCCUUACUCCACUUCAGUUCCAACCUAAUCUCUCUCUCUCUCUCUCUCUCUCUCCAUAUAUAUAUAUAUAUGUAUAUAUUUGUAACUGUAAUACAACUAACACAGAUUGCUGUUGUUUGAGUCGGAGAAUUUCCCGUAAUUCUGUUGGAUCUUUGUAGAAGAAGAUACUGUCAUCAUGGACGAAAUGUACGGUCUCAAUCCGACGACGAAUGACUUCGCGGACAAGGCCUUAAUGUCGCCGGAGAAUCUGUUGAUCAUACCGGCGGAGUAUCAGCCUUUCCUCUCCUCCGGCGCCGAUCACCACCGGAUGAUUCCGAUGAUGUUCGGAUCGGACGAGUUGAUCUCGGUGGCCUCAGCGAUAUCUGAAACCGCCUCGAUCACGCCUGGAUUCGGACGAAGCCAUGAUGAUAUGUCGAGCGCGAUGAUUAAGGCCAAAAUCGCUUCUCAUCCUUGUUAUCCCAAGUUACUCCAAGCUUACAUCGAUUGCCAGAAGGUCGGAGCUCCUCCGGAGAUAGCGUGGCUGUUAGACGAAAUCCGGCGACAAAACGACUUUUCUCAGCGAAAUUCAGUUUCCACGUGCUUAGCGGCUGAUCCUGAGCUCGACGAGUUCAUGGAAACCUUCUGUGAUAUAUUGGUGAAGUACAAGUCCGAUCUCUCAAGGCCUUUUGAUGAAGCAACUACUUUUUUGAACAAGAUUGAAACGCAACUGAGCAAUCUUUGCACAGAUGAUGGUGGUACUGUAUCAUCAGAUGAGGAAUUUAGUGGGGAGAUGGAAGCACGAGAGGCACAAACGUGGAGCGAAGAUCAAGAACUCAAAGAUAGGCUCUUUCGUAAAUAUGGUAGUCAUGUUAGCAGCUUGAAGCUGGAAUUUUCAAAGAAGAAGAAGAAAGGAAAGCUGCCGAAAGAGGCUAGGCAAAUGUUACUCCAGUGGUGGAAUUUGCACUAUAAAUGGCCUUACCCAACUGAAGCCGAUAAAAUUUUGCUAGCAGAAUCAACUGGGCUCGAUCAAAAGCAAAUUAACAAUUGGUUUAUAAAUCAACGAAAGCGGCAUUGGAAACCGUCAGAAGACAUGCAAUUCGCCUUCAUGGAUAAUCUUUCAGGACGAUUCUUUACAGAUAUGACUGGUGAUGGUGUGCGCGAAUAAUGUAUAUUCUCAAAUGUAUUCCUAACUUGUUUAUUGUGUUUGGUUUAUGUAUAUUCUGACAUGUUAUUGUUGACGUUGAUAUAUUUAUAUUCUCAAUUAAAAAAAAAUCCAGAAAAAAAAAGAAAGACUUACAUUUUAAA